AUGUCAUCGAAUAGGCCACUGUCUAACAAUGCACUAAUAAAAGUUCUAGAAAAUUGGUCGGAUAUCGAUUCAGACGACGAUGAUGAACCUUUUGUGCCUUCUCCUCAAGUUGCUAUGACAGAACUACCUGAUGACGACCUUAUUGACCGCAGGUUGGACGAAAUUUUUGGGGACAGUUUGCAAAAUGCUGACAAUGAUGUGUGUGAAGUGGACAUAACGGCUGUGCCUGAGGAGAAUAAUGAGGUAGAAAUAUGUGCAGAUAUUACCACUGCCAAUUUGUCUGACAAUUACACUGGUGCCGCAAGCCGUUCAUCAUUGGAUUUGACUUACUUGAGACCACCUACUACUCCAACUGAAAUCAAGGCAUUUCUAGGUGUUAUGAUUAUGAUGGGUUUACAUCCCUUGCCAGAUUUUGAGUUAUAUUGGUCAUCAGAUCGUUUUUACAACAACCCAGAUAUUUCAUCAACAUUUAGCUUGAACAGAUUCAAGAAGUUAUUAGAGAAUUUACAUGUAAAUGAUAAUAGCACUGCAGCGCCUAGGGACUCGGUAAACUUCGACAGGUUGCAUAAACUCAGACCUUUAGUAGAACACCUCAAUGUAAUAUUCCUACAACAGGCUGAAGAAUCUGGAAUAUAUUCAGUGGAUGAAUGCAUGGUGAAAUUCAAAGGUCGAUCUUGCAUGAAGCAGUACAUGCCUAUGAAACCAAUAAAACGUGGUUACAAGGUGUGGGCUCGAUGCGAUGCGCGCUCUGGGUACUUGUACUGUUUCGAAAUUUACACGGGUAAAACAGACAAUAAAGAUGAAGCUGGUUUGGGAUUCACAGUGGUAACAAACUUGUGUAGGAAUGUACCUCGUGAUUCGCUAGUCACAUUCGACAAUUUCUUUACGAGUUGCAAACUUGUAGAUGUUUUGUAUCAGAAUGGUAUUUUUUCGACUGGAACUGUAAGGAAGACCAGAAAAGGGUUACCUGAAUUCAUGAAGGAAAAACCACAGGACAAAAAAUUAAAACUGGCCAAAAAUGAAUUCAAUGCAAUGACAAAUCCUAACGACCUUUCCCCUCUUAGUCCAGCCCAUUUCCUCAUAGGAAGGCCCGUGACCGCGCCAGCUUGCGACGACUUGACGGAAGCUGCGCUUCGAUCGUAG